AUGGAUGAUAUACCACAGCUAUUCCUUCCAAUUGAUAUUAGUGAAGACGAUGAUUCUUCCUCGAGCGAUAGUAGUUUAAUUUUUUUCCAAAAUCUUAUUAACGAAGCCGCUCAACUGGAAGACACGGGCACUUCUAGAAAAAGGAAAUCUAUCCGUCGAGAUCGAGUGAAAUGUCACGAAAACCUUAUGAGAGAUUAUUUUGUCGAGGAGCCCGUAUUCAACGAAGAGGUUUUUCGUCAAAGGUUUCGUAUGUCUAAAAGAUUGUUUUUAAAAAUUUUGAGUGACGUGCAAGCGAAUAACUCGUGGUUUCAAGACGCCGCGGAUGCUAGUGGUAGGAAGAGUUUUACAUCAAUUCAAAAAGUUACUUCAGCGAUUAAGCAACUAGAAACCGGUAACGCUCUAGACGAGUUCGACGAGUAUUUAAAUAUGUCCACAAGGACUUCCCGAGAAAGUCUAGAAUAUUUUUGCGAAACGAUAUGUAAUUUAUACGCUUCCGAGUUUUUACGUAGACCUACUAGCCACGACGUUGCGCUCUUGUACGAAGCUCAUGAGAAGAAACAUCACCAUCCUGGGAUAUUGGGUAGUCUUGAUUGUACACAUUUUGUUUGGAGAAUGUGUCCAACGGAGUUACGGGGUCAAUAUAUGAGGGGGAUCACAGUCACCUGA